AAAGCGAAACUAAACACUCAAGGGACGGGAGGAAAAGAGAAGGUCGACGAAAACGUGAUACCAUCAUCUGGCGUAGAUUUGUUUUAAACCAAAGCGUGAAAACUAAUGUAGUAUGUUAUAAUUGUAUCUGUUAUUAGAGUGCUUUCAAAUCGAGAACCGAAAAUGAACGAAUAAGAUUGAUUUCUUAAAGAAUUAUUCCAGUCAGUGUGUUUGUCUCAGCCGCCAUUAACUGAUACAGCGAACGAACGGUUUACAGAGACUGAGGAGAGUCUGACUGGUUCAUUUGGCCUGUGUGUUUGAUUGAAGGGUCUUCGGUCUUCAUGGCAGAUCGAUCUUGAAGUCCCUGAAGUGUCUCUAGCCUUGAGGAAGUCACACAUAUCUAACAUCUGGAGCAAUGGCCUCCUCUAUUCAUCAAGGCCGGCGCAACAGCAUGGACAUACCUCCUGAAAUAAUAUCCUAAAUAAUGGGUGCCCAGGUUUCCGUUGUGAAUCAAACUCCUUAUAACUGGCGCUUUGCCACCCAGGACAGAGGGUAUACACGCAUCGAUCCUGGCUGCACAACAACCUAUACGGAAGUGAAAUUAAUCCAUCGCUACAUCUACAUCAGAUAUGAAGAUAACACAUGGGAUAGCUUUAACUAUGAGUUCAACACCUUUAAAGGUGACACCUCCUUUAUCUUAAGGGAAACCUACGACCGUUCCCAGAUUCAGUUGGACUGCACCUCUGAGGGUAUCGUUCAUUACUGUCCCAACUACAAGAAAAUUGAAGAAGAUGAAAAACGGAGACAGCAAGAAGAGGAGGCAAGACGUCUUGAACGUUUGGAACGUGAGCAUAGGAUUCAACAGGAGCUGGAGAGAGAAAGUGAAUCGUCCAGACAAAAGCUUUCUCGAGCAACUGAGCGCCUCCGUGAAAAACAGAGCUUUAGAGGUCACGAGCAACAUCAUGAACGCACACAAGCUCUCCAUCAGCAAAUAGAAGAUGAUGCUGGUGCGAUCGAGAGGGACGAGGUUAUUGAUGUUGAAGAAAAAUUCAAAGAGCUUUUGUUAAAGUAUCAGAUCACAGAAGACAAAGACAUACAGAAGAAUCAGAUUUGGGAUAGGAUUAAGACACUCCAGAAUGAAUUUACAGUUCUAUAUUGUAAAGAAAACAACCUGUCAUUAUGGUCUCAGUUCACAUUUGAUCGUGCUAUAGGAUACAAUGAACUGUCUCUUACUGAGCAGCUCACAGUUCUUGAGGCAUCUCUACAGUUCAUUCUGCACAACAGCACUGAAGAUGCUAAAGAUGAUGGAGAUCAGCCGCUCGGCUGGGAGAAGAAGUACAACUUUCAUUUGGGCUUGGUAGAGCAGCUUUAUGCCACCAACCCAACUUUAGCCGAACACAUUUUAUUAAAUGUACUUGACAUGGUUUCAGAGCUUUCACCACAAAGUAAAAAAUGUUUAGGUCAAAUGUUGUUCAACAGAAUCUGGACACCAACAGAAAUAAUGCUCUUCAUUUGCAAUAGUCUGGCUAUAAAAUGCGAUCAACUCGAUUCAGUUCUUCACACAGCACGAACCUACCACCUGAACUGCAUCCUCGUUCUCUCUGCUCUUAGGAAUGAAAACCCCUUAAUGUUUCUUCAAGAACAAAUAAAAAAUGACAAGGAAAAAGAUGCUGAUACAAUUGUGAAUGAACUUCGUGAAGCAAACUGCCCAGAGAAAGUCUUGGUGGUGUUGAAAGAUGUGCUUAGAUACAUAGAGUCUGAACUACCAAAAUAUGAAUUGGUGGACCUUACCAAGGAAGAAAUCAACGACUUGAAAAACAAGAUAAAAUCUCUUAAUCUUGUAAACCCAGAUAUCAACAUUUUAAAAGAUGUAUCAAUUGGAAUGUCAAAAGCAGUGCAAGACUGCUCAACAAUCACAAAAGACAACACUAAGAUUCAAGGCUUUUUUCCAAGACGUACACAACUAGCAUCAUUGCUUUUGCUCCUCCUGGCACAGCUGACAGAAAAUAAAGGAUGUCUUCUAGAGAUUGGCACAGGUGAGGGCAAGUCCUGUAUUUUAGCCAUGUUUGCAACAAUUCUGGCCAUUCGAGGAAUAAAAGUGGACAUUGUGACAAGUUCUCCAGUUCUCGCCCAACGAGAUCAAGAGGAGUGGAAGAAAUUUUUUGAAAUGUUUGGUAUUACCUCAUCUGUAGUACCUCCACGCUACCCAAGCGCCCACUCACAAGAGGAACGAGAUGAAUGCCUUAAAGAUGCUUAUAGACAACAAAUAGUUUAUGGCACAGUAGGGGUCUUUGCAGCAGACAUACUUAAGCAGGAAUUUGAGAAGAGGAAGACUCGUGAUACACGGCAGUUUGAGCUUGUCAUAGUCGAUGAAGUAGACUACAUGACUUUGGACAAUGGAGUUCAAGUGACAUUCUUGUCCCAUGAAUCUGGUGGAUUUAGGCAUGUGGAGCAAGUGCUUUCCAACAUAUGGGCCAUGAUUUCUAGUUGUCAGCCAAUAGAAAUGUUUGAAACAGGGGAGAUAAAAUGGGCGACAAGAAUACAGUACUUUCAUAAAGCUGUAACAGCAGCUGUUAUGGGACAGGAGACAACCGACAGCUUUUCAGCAAAUGAGAUCUUGUUGCCUGGAGUGACUUUAGGAUUCUACACCCAGGAGAAUAUUGACAUGAUUAAUCAAGCAAAGAGCAAGAAAGAAAAUGAAGGUGAGGAUGCAAUGUCUAAAGCAUUAGCUGAAAUCAUGAAGAACCUUGGAGUUUUACAACAGUUUGAUCUUCUGAGUAUAUUUGAGGAGGUCUUGGAGUACAGUGCAGUGUUUAAGUGCUAUUCUCUAGAGAACAAGAAAGCAACACGUUUUGAAGCUCGGGAGAAACAAGGCGACAUUAAUGUUGAAAUGCUGCUGCUGGAAGGAGGACUGGCAUGCGAAAUCAUGUCUGAGAAAUCACUCAUUGAUGCAACUGUAAGCACAAUAAAAUCGUCCAUCAAGUACUCAAAUAACGUCAAAACAGACAAAGAAUCCAACAACUUCAUUGUCGUCCCUUUUUUCUUGAAAAACUAUGUUGAGAAUCAGUUGCCAGCUUUUGUGGAGAAUGCACUAAAGACUGUUCAGAUGUCACAGGGUCGAGAAUAUAUACUCGACACCUCACCAGCCGCUGAAAGAGACGUUGUUGCCAGUAAUGACAAGCACAUGUAUAACGCGAUAGUUCCAGUGGACUUCAAAGCAAGCGGUGUGUUGGAGAAAAACAAGAAAUGGGGUAAUGGUCUGCAGCAGUUUUUGGAGUUAAAGCACCAACUUGCAAUUUCACAGAUAUCAAACGUGACAAACUACAUGUCAAAUGUCCAUUUUUUCCAAAGGUACCUCAGUGGGAGUGGUAUAUUUGGUGUUUCUGGUACAUUAGGAGGUAAAGCAGAUCAUGAUUUUCUGGCAAGACAUUAUGAAGCAAAGAGCUGCAAUGUACCUGAACAUCGCCAAAAAAGAAUGGUGGAGCUUCCAGUCAUCCAGGUGAAAGGUGGGAACCACCAAUGGAUCCAGACUAUUUGCGAAACUACAUGGGAAGUAGCAGAGAGAGGACAAGUUGUCUUGGUGAUUUGUGAAGAUGUUAAAACAGCAGAUGAACUACAUGGGAAAAUGCAAGAUGGAGGUAAAUUUAAAGCAGAACAGAUCACUCUGUACACAAUCAGUGAGAAGCACAAUAUUGAAAGAGAGAAAUUCUGUGGAGGCAGAAUCAUAAUUGCAACAAAUCUCGGAGGACGAGGAACGGACAUAAAAGUGGAUGAAAGUGUGAACAAGUGUGGUGGUCUUUUUGUUCUUCUUACUCACUUUCCACACAACCGAAGAGUCGAGAAACAAAUAUUUGGCCGUACGUCUCGAAAAGGAAAUCCCGGGAUGGUCCAGAUGGUUGUGAACUGUGAUCACCUCGCACCAGCUUACCAAGGUCAGUCUGUGGAAAUCAUGCGUCAGCUGAGAGAGCAUUAUGAAAUUAAACGAAUCCAGGACAUGGAAAGUGAUGAGCUGGUUGAAAUAAAACUGAAGGAAGAUCUCUUCUCCACAUUUUGUAGAUUGCUGAAAGACUUUGAUAGGCAUUACACACCAGAAGAAAAACUGAAUCCCAUGCGAAUGCAGCUUGAGAAAAUUCCUGAUUGCUUUAAACAUCAUCAGUCUAAGUUUGAUUAUCAGCCUGCCAUCAAUGCUUUGAAAGAAUCUUGGGCCUUGUGGUUGACCCUACAUGAGGAUCACAUCAAUAGGCAUGAUGACUUCAGUCAACUCGAAGCAGACCUUAUCAAGACAAUGAAAGGAACGAGUGAAAAGCUGCUGCUAGGAGAGUCUGAUAAUUUCUACGAUCACGUCAGACAGGCAAUUGCAAGAACUGAUCUACACUGCCGAAACAAAUCCAGCAAUUCUAAUGGAGCUGACACCUAUUGGCAAAAAGUUGAGACCUAUGACAAACACUACAAAACUGUAUCACUCUAUAACCAGGCGUACAUCACCAUCAACCUCGGCAAAGGUAACUAUAAAGAAGAUGCCAGGAAACUGCUGGAAGAUGCAAAGAAAUCCAUUGACGUCUACAUCUCAGAAGUCUCAAACACAAUGGUCUCAUGUAACUUAUCAGUCACUGGUAACAAAGAUCAGAGCACAGAGAACAACAACUUUCAGAGUCAAAUGGAGGCCAGAAUGAACAUCUUUAAAUCUUGGAUGACGUACAUUGAUAAUGCCGUGCUUAAACUUAAAGAGCUGGAGAAAAGCAACAGCGAUGCCAUUACAGAGGACUGUUCGGUCUACAUGCUGUCUGAAGAAAAGAACUUCAUCAUCAGUAAUGAGUUAAUAUCACUGUACGACUACGGCCUCGGAGUUGUGUUUGAGGUGAAAAAGAAGCCCAAGUUUUGCAUUGACGCUUUGAUAUGUUUCAUAAUCGGCAUGGUUCAAGUUCUCGCUGGAGUUCUUAUUUGUGCUUUUACGGUUGGAACAGCCAGUCAGUUUGGAAUGGGUCUGAUUUCAGAAGGAGUGUCUGACAUGAUCAGUGGAAUAGAGGGCAUGAUGAAGGGAACAUUCGAUUGGGUGUCAUGGGCGAUAUCUAAGAGCAUCAGCAUCGGGCUCUCGUUGCUAACAGCUGGCUUUAGCAUUAUCAAGAAAGCAGUUACUUCUGUGUGUACAGUGACAAAGAGUCUCCUUAAUGGUACAAAGUCAUUCUCUGCUGUUGCGUCUGAAUUCAUCAAAUCAGGAAAGGCAGCAUUUACUUCAUUGAAAGGAAGCGUUCAGUCUGGUUUACAAUCCGUCAGUAAGGAUUUGUUUAAGUCUGCCAUGAAAAACAUGACUACUUCUACAGCUCUCAGAGAGAACUUCAAAUAUGCGACCAAAUAUGCAGUUCAGGAAAUCUCGAAACAGUCUGUGAUCUCUGCCAUAAACUACGGAAUUGAUAUAGCAGGUCAGGAAGUCUUUAAGCUAAUUUUACACAACAGUUUUAAGAAUGUUGUUGCUUCGUCAGUGAAGCAGAACAGUAAACUGGAUCAGACUCUCAUCGAGUUCAUCAGCUCAGGUGUUCCAAAAGCUGCCUUGAAAAAAGAGAAUUUCAAGAUUGACUCAAAAUAUGAAAAGCAAAUGAAAGAAUCAGUUGAUAUGCUUUGUGAAGAAAUAAUUCCUCAGCUUGUACUGGACUGUACCAAAACACGAGAUGUUAUCACCAACCUCUGUAAAGUGUGUGACAUAGUGACAAAUGAAGUAAAACAGUCUGGUUUGCUCACAGCAGCAAAGGUGGCUCUGAAAGUAGCAGAGUACUCUACACGUCUCAGUGAAAUAUUGAGUGCCAUACCAACAAAGAAGAUAAUAGACAAGGAAUUUGUUCCUCAAUUACUGGAGAGCAUCAAUGAGCUUCAGACAGAAAUGACAAAGUAUGACCAAGAUGGACGACAUGAUUUAGAUGAUGUAAAACGCCUUAAAGGAGAACUUCUACAGAAAAUCGUUCAGAAGGUUUCUGAGCAAUUCAUCAGCUCCUGUUCUGAACAUAUAAGUUCUUUAAUUACCAGCAGCUUUAAGAGUCAGUUUAACAUUGCUACAGGACAGGCAUUGGACAAAGUGAUGCGCAGAAAUAAAACUCAACGUUUCUUUGAUGACCAGAGAGAAAGACACAACAAUAAAUCUGCAAGCCACAAAGAAGUGAAACAGCUGUCUGAUGAGGACAAGACAAAACUAAAGCAGUUUACAGAAGAUAUUUGCAAAGCUGAUCAGCCCACUUCAGCCCUCGAUGUGUACGUGCUCACAAAAAGUAACCUGCUGAAUGGAAAAGGAAUUUGUCUUACUAUCGUUGAUCAAAAAGGUAAACAACUGACUGAAGAACGUCAAAUGGGAACCAACAAAUCAGCAGGCGAAAUAAAACUGAGAUUAACCAAGUCUGCAAAAGACCAACAUUCACCACAAGCUGGAUCACAGCUGUACAGCGGCCAUUUUGAUAUUGUACAGGAUGACGGGAAGAUAAUCAAAGUCAACUCUGAUGAUCAGAAUGCUCUUUAUCAUGCUGUAGUACAAGCAACUGGCAGCAAGACAGAAGAUCCAAAGAAGGAAGCGUUGAUGCUACGUGAGAAGGUGAAAAAUGAGAUCCAGACAAACCUUGAAUUGUACAAACCUCAACUUAUUCUCAAGAGAGAAAAUGACUUUUCUCACAUAAACCCCAAGAAAUACAGCCUAACUGAAAGAAGUAAAAAGGAGGCGAAAACUCCACUGCUGGAAUAUUUUCAGAGUGUUAAAUUCAUCAAAAGUGAUGAACGUAUCCUCAUCAAAAUGUACCAUCUUGGAUUUGUUGGCGAAUAUAAAAGUGUUGUUAGUACUCGGAGGUUGAGUAUAAACAUCACUGGGACACUCAACACCAGCCAUAUUCCACCAAAAGACUCCUUUAGACUAGCGCAGACGUUCGUUGAAGAAUCAAAGUCAGCGAGCGAGUUUAAAACUAAAAACACGGAGCUUUAUAAACUGAUCAGCAGCGUAAAGACUGACAAUAAUGGACAGACCCUGAUUGCAAUGGAGGUUCUGGGACAAGAUCACAGACAAGCUUUAACUACAGGUCCAACCAGCCGUUCACAGAUGGCCAGGAAACUUCUGGCAGACACCAUGAUUAGUGGAGAUGCGGAGCUUCUGCUGAAACGCUCCAUGAUUUUACAUCACCCGCUUUCCUCACAGAAGCUCAGAUCGGCUCUAGGUGAUAGCAUUCUGUCUCAGUGUCCUGUUUUGUCUAAUGAUGGUAUCAGAGGCUACUACAAAGCAGGAUACAGAAACCUGGUGUCAGAGUACAGCCGCAUGGGAAUCCUGGAUCAGAACCAGCGUGAGCGUCUGGAAAAGUGGGUGUCUCAGGAUCAGCACGAGGACACAAACACUGCGGAGUAUGGAGAAGUUCUGAAGGAACUAAAAAAAAAUUAAAAUAAAUGUGAAUAUGGUGAUUAACAUGAUGGCUAUAGGAAGUUAUUGUCCUCUGCCACUGAAAUUAUAUUCACUGCAAAAAAGCACAAAAAAACAUUCUACUAUGUAACAAUAUCUUGAUCUAUUGAUCUUGUUUUUGGUAAUUUGAAUCAUUUAAUGACACUUCACAUUCAAAGCUGACGUAAUGUCGCAAUAGGUCACGAGAUACACGAGAGCCAAUGCCAUCAAAAUCACAGCUGAUGUAUCAUUUUGUCUGGUGGUAAUUUUAAAUGUGUUUCACCCUGAAGCUUCACCAGAUGUGAAGAUUCACUGCGGAUGGUGCUCGUUUUAGUGUCUUUUCAUCAUAAAAAUUGAUUGUUUGACCUUGGUACACUUGGAAUAUGUGACUGUUUUACAUUUACAUUUAGUCAUUUAGCAGACGCUUUUAUCCAAAGCGACUUACAGAGAGUUCAGGGAGCAAUAGAGCAAUAUGUCAUACAGGAGCAAUAAUAGGUGCUAAUACAAAGUUACUAGUUUCCACAAAAGCCAGAACAAUACCUGUUGAGAGAAA